AUGGGGCUGAAGGCCGCCCAGAAGACGCUGUUCCCGCUGCGCUCUAUCGACGACGUGGUGCGCCUGUUCGCUGCGGAGCUGGGCCGAGAGGAACCGGACCUGGUGCUUCUAUCCUUGGUACUGGGCUUCGUGGAGCACUUCCUAGCUGUCAACCGCGUCAUCCCCACCAAUGUGCCCGAGCUCACCUUCCAGCCCAGCCCCGCGCCCGACCCACCUGGCGGGCUUACCUACUUCCCUGUGGCGGACCUAUCCAUCAUUGCCGCGUUGUAUGCCCGCUUCACCGCCCAGAUCCGUGGCGCCGUGGACCUGUCUCUCUACCCGCGAGAGGGAGGUGUCUCCAGCCGAGAACUGGUGAAGAAGGUCUCCGAUGUCAUCUGGAACAGCCUCAGCCGUUCCUACUUCAAGGACCGGGCCCAUAUCCAAUCCCUCUUCAGCUUCAUCACAGGUUGGAGCCCGACAGGCACUAAACUGGACAGCUCUGGUGUGGCCUUUGCCGUGGUGGGGGCCUGCCAGGCUCUGGGCCUCCGAGAUGUCCACCUGGCCCUGUCUGAGGACCAUGCCUGGGUAGUGUUUGGGCCCAACGGAGAACAGACAGCUGAGGUCACUUGGCAUGGCAAGGGCAACGAAGAUCGCAGGGGCCAGACAGUCAACGCGGGUGUGGCUGAGCGGAGCUGGCUGUACCUGAAAGGAUCAUACAUGCGCUGUGACCGAAAGAUGGAAGUGGCAUUUAUGGUGUGUGCCAUCAACCCUUCCAUUGACCUGCACACUGACUCCCUGGAGCUGUUGCAGCUGCAGCAGAAACUGCUCUGGCUGCUCUAUGACCUGGGACAUCUGGAAAGGUACCCCAUGGCACUGGGGAACCUGGCAGAUCUGGAGGAACUGGAGCCCACCCCUGGCCGGCCAGACCCACUCACUCUCUACCACAAGGGCAUUGCCUCAGCCAAGACCUACUACCGGGAUGAGCACAUCUACCCCUACAUGUACCUGGCUGGCUACCACUGUCGCAAUCGCAAUGUUCGAGAAGCCCUGCAGGCCUGGGCUGAUACAGCUACUGUCAUCCAGGACUACAACUACUGCCGCGAAGAUGAGGAGAUCUACAAGGAGUUCUUUGAAGUAGCCAAUGAUGUCAUCCCCAACUUGCUGAAGGAGGCAGCUAGCCUGCUGGAGGCUGGCGAGGAGCGGCCAGGGGAGCAGACCCAGGGGGUGCAGAGCCAGGGUUCUGCCCUACAGGACCCAGAGUGCUUCGCCCACCUGCUGCGGUUCUAUGAUGGCAUCUGCAAGUGGGAAGAAGGCAGCCCCACACCGGUGCUGCACGUGGGCUGGGCCACCUUCCUAGUGCAGUCCCUAGGCCGGUUUGAGGGACAGGUACGGCAGAAGGUGCGCAUCGUGAGCCGCGAGGCCGAGGCGGCGGAGGCCGAGGAGCUUUGGGGCGAGGAAGCCCGGGAAGGACGGCGGCGAGGCCCGCGGCGUGAGUCCAAGCCCGAGGAGCCGCCGCCACCUAAGAAGCCGGCACUGGACAAAGGCCCUGGUGGAGGCCAAGGGGCGAUGUCGGGACCCCCUCGGAAGCCCCCAGGGACAGUCCCUGGCACUGCCCGAGGCCCUGAAGGAGGCAGCACAGCUCCGGCGCCAGCGCCCGCAGCGUCGCCACCACCAGAGGGUCCGGUGCUCACUUUCCAGAGCGAGAAGAUGAAGGGCAUGAAAGAGCUGCUGGUGGCCACCAAGAUCAACUCGAGCGCCAUCAAGCUGCAGCUCACGGCACAGUCACAAGUGCAGAUGAAGAAGCAGAAGGUGUCUACACCUAGCGACUACACGCUUUCCUUCCUCAAGCGCCAGCGCAAGGGCCUCUGA